AUGCGCCUCCGCGGCCGGGCAAUCUUCCCCCUCGUCCGCACCACCGCCACCACCACCACGUCGGCCGCGUCUUCGCCGCCGGCGGUGCUGAGCGUCGGCCACGCGCUGCGCGAGCGCCGGCGCUUCACGGAGGACGACAUGGCGGCGUACGCGGCGGUCAGCGGGGACCGCAACCCGGUGCACCUCGACGACGCCGUCGCCCGUGAGCUGGGCGGGUUCCAGCGAGGCCGCGUCGUGCACGGCAUGCUCGUGGCGUCCCUCUUCCCUUCCCUCAUCGCCGCCAGCUUCCCUGGCGCGGUGUACGCGAGUCAGACGCUCAAGUUUGCGGCGCCGGUGUACGUCGGAGAUGAGGUGUUUGCUCGAGUCCAGGCGCUCAACAUCAGGACGACAGGGGCCGCGAACAGCAGCACGGCAAGCCGAUACAUCGUCAAGUUUGCAACCAAAUGCUUCAUGGACGAAGAGGAGGGCUCUGUUGCAAUUGAAGGGGAAGCAAUGGCUGUCCUGCCUACACUGGAGCUCAGCUCUCAGUCGACUAGCAAGCAGAGAUCAAAGAAUAGGCUGAUCAUUACUUCAUCAGCACAUAUGCCACCAGGCUACUUCCUGACAACCAUAUGUAAAUACUGGAUCCCCUGCUAUAGUGAUAUUGGAUUUUCAACCAACCUAGAAGUGCUGGAGCCGAGAGUCAUUGCCGGAUGGCUGCUGGACUUUUGGAAUGGAUGGGCAACUGAGAUCCUUGUAAUCCUGAGCCUCACGCAGCAGGUCAUCCUGCUCUUCUUCUCUGGGAUUCGCCAGCAUCAAGGCCACAGCCCCAAAAGGCUCCUUCUCUGGCUGGCAUACCAGCUGGCGGACAACACCGCGAUAUAUGCCCUCGGCAACCUCUCCCUCAGCAGCACCCUGCGCCAGCACCAGCUGGUCGCCUUCUGGGCGCCCUUCUUGCUGCUUCACCUUGCUGGCUCCAACAACAUCACGGCCUACUCCCUCGAGGAUAACAAGCUGUGGAAGCGCCAUCUUCUGACCCUUAUGGUGCAGGUCCUGGGAGCAGGGUAUGUCAUCUACAAGCAUAUCGCCGGCAGUGGGAUCCUCUUCUCGCUGGGUGCAACCUUGAUGACUACUGUCGCUGUUGCCAAGUUUUGUGAGAAGACAUGGGCUCUCCGGUGUGCCAACUUCAGCAUCAUCCGGGAGUCUGUGGAGGCGGAGGACAUGGAGCAACUAGGAAAAUGUGAUCUUUACCUCGAGGGCAAACCACCUCGAGGAGGGUUUAAAGGGAAGGUAGUCGACAAAGAAGAGUUGCUCAUGCUCCGUGCUCAUGCCGUGUUUCGUGUCUGCAAGUCUGCCAUGGUGGAUUCCUCGGAGAAUCCAGGGAGCUACAUAGUUGGCAUACUUAGAUACCUUAAGGAGAAUGAGAUGGGUUAUAUGUGGACACUGGUGGAGAUGGAGCUGUCGCUGAUGUAUGACAUCCUGUACACCAAGGCGCCCGUGCUUCACAUCCUGCCUGGCUACUGCAUCCGCGUCGUCUCGCCGCUCGCUGUGGUUGCUUCCCUUCUGCUGUUCCAGUUCUACGGCAGGGAGGGAAACAGAAUUGCGGACGUUGCUAUUAUCACCUAUGCCUUGUUGGGCAGUGCCUUCCUCAUGGAGAUGACAUCACUGCUGAGCGCAUUCUGGUCUACCUGGACAUUCUCCUUUAUUUGUGCAACACGGUGGAGUGGUCUUUGGCAUUCUGCUUUGUGUUUGGAUAGGUGGCACCGGCUUCGUCGUAUGGUCCUUUCUCUUCGCCGGCUUGCCCACAGUACUCGAAUUGCUGGCUUCUUAAGGCCAUCAAGGAGGUGGUCAGGCACCAUGGGGCAGUAUAACAUGUUGCAGAUGUGCACUGCAAAGCGUGGCUGGUUGGCUGGGAUCCUGGGCUAUAGCAUGCCGGCUGUUGGUGUUCCAGAUGGCCUGAAAGACUUGGUGGUCACUUACGUACAAUACAUGAUCAAAAGUGAGUACAUCAACACACUGGGAAUGGUCAGAGAGAAAUGGGGCACGGAGGCACUGGGGCGCUGGAAAGAGCAUAGUGGCAUUACUAUUGAUAACAAGUUUGUUGGUGCUGAGCUCCACGAGGGGAUCGUCAUCUGGCACUUUGCCACUGACAUUUUCCUCGCAGAAAGGCAGACCAAGAUCAAGGACGAGGAUAAACAACACCGUAUUGUGGAGGAAGUGCAGGCACUAUCCAACUACAUGAUGUUCCUCCUCUUCAAGCAACCUGACAUGCUACCGGGCCUUGCUCAGAACAAGCUGUACCAAUGGACCAAGAGGAGCUUGGCCACUCAGUGGAUGGACAUCAUCAGCAAUAAUGACCCCGUAUCUGGUUCUGACCUCAACCUUGCUAGCGCCCUAUACCAGAGGAAGCUCACCAGGCCUCGUGUUCAGAAUUUUCUUCUGUCGCUGGCCGAAGAACUGAUCGACAUUAACAACGCGCUGCAGCUGGUCUAUGAGGUCUGGGCCGAUUUUCUCAUCUACACGGCCAACCGAUGCAGCAGGGAGUCCCAUGCCAAGAAGCUCAACAGUGGUAGUGAGUUCACAACCCUUGUAUGGCUUAUGACAGACCACCUUCAGCAAGUGGCUGACAACAAUCUUAUUUAUGCACCUAGUGAAUAA